AAGCAACCGGGGCUCAAACCGGGGCUAAAUCCUACCACAUGCCUGUCAAGGACAGUGGUGCAGCCGGUCUGAUCGUGUUCCACACGUCUGCUCCCCUAGGUCUCCUCACAUCUACGGUACCCAGCGGAGUAUGGAGAAGUGUCAGGAAGACCGUCCGAAGAGGAGGAGAGAAGAGGAGGAGUGAGGUGUGGCUUCCUGGACCUCCCAGAGGGCCGUGGGUGGACUGGCUCUCUCACACCUCCUUCAGGAGGCUGCAGGUCAAGUUAGAAUCUGAGAACCAAGAAGCUAGAGCCAUCACCCAGCCCUUACUGGACACAGAGAAUGGCUUUGUCAAGGACCUGGAGCGUUAUCUGUGCCAACAGGAAAGGGCGGAGCUUCGUAAGCGAGAGCUGCUCCAUAAGCGUUGGACGGAGCGUGUGUGGACCCCUAUUCAGAGGAGCGUGGAGAACCAAGUGCCCCACUGCUGCUAUGACGAGGCAGAGAGGAUACGGAGCAUGUUCCUGAACUACAUACACUACUGUAACUCAAAGGGCCGCCCAGAUUAUAGUCACGGUCACACCUGACGGGAGAUGUCUACAGACACCUGGCUGGUCCAACAGGGCAUAACAACACCUGACGGGAGAUGUCUACAGACACCUGGCUGGUCCUACAGAGGAUAAUGACUAUUAAACAGAGAGCACAGCGUUCUGUAGUGUGGCGUCACUGUUGGGAAAUAUAAACAGCAGCAUACACUAGAUGCAGGUAUUCAAUCAGCUCUUCGUCGACAAGGGUAAUUCAUGCUUUUGAGCAGACAUUGUUU